AUGUGCCCACAUAGUACGGCAGGCCCUGACGGAUUCUCGGCACAUUUUUUUCAAUGUUGUUGGGAAAUUAUUGGUCAAGAUCUCUACGGCGCAGUUUUGGAUUUCCUCUCGGGAUCUACUCCUCCGAAGAAUUUCACAACGACAACCAUCGUUCUCAUUCCAAAGAUUGAGGCUCCAUCCACUUGGAAAGAUUUCAGGCCCAUUAGCCUUUGUAACGUCACGGGAAAAAUCCUAUCCAAAGUCAUCAACAACCAAAUGGCCAAACUGCUUCCCAAAAUCAUCUCCCCUUCCCAGAGCGAUUUUGUUCAGGGUCGCAUGAUUUCAGAUAAUAUUCUUCUUGCACAAGAACUUUCCCACUGUCUUGGAAAAAAUGGCAGUCUGAGCAACACCAUAUUCAAGCUUGACAUGGAAAAAGCCUAUGACCGUGUUAACUGGACAUUCCUCUACCACAUGCUUGUGAGAGUGGGAUUUCCAACGCACUGGAUUAACAUGAUCAAGAAACUCAUUGAAAACUGUUGGUUUAGUAUUUUGAUCAACGGUGAAGGGGUGGGAUUUUUUAAGUCGACGCGAGGCCUCAGACAAGGGGAUCCAUUAUCCCCAACGCUCUUCGUUAUUGCAGCAGAAUGCUUAUCCAGAGGACUUGAUUGGCUUUUCCAACAGCAGCCCCGUAUGAAUUUCUUUGCAAGGAGCAGCAAGAACAUCUCCCACCUGGCAUUUGCAGACGAUAUCAUUAUCUUCUCGAAAGGUACCCGCAAGGACCUAAAAACACUCAUAGAAUUCCUUAGGCACUACGAGCUCAUUUCUGGGCAGCGCAUCAACAAGGAGAAAAGCUCCUUCACGGUCGAUAAAAAGACCUCCAACAUGAGAAUUCGCUGCAUCCAACAAGUCACUGGCUUCAGGCUGAAAUACCUUCCUAUCACAUACCUGGGAGCGCCUCUCUUCAAAGGGAACAAGAAGGGAGCUCUCUUCGACGAACUCAUUCAAAAAAUUCGGAAUAAGAUCACAGGAUGGGAAAAAGCACUCCUGUCCCAUGGAGGACGGCUUCAGCUCAUCAAAAGUGUCCUCAGUGCCAUGCCGACAUACCUGCUUCAAGUCCUGAAACCUAAGUAUGUAAUGGAACGCAUUGAAAGACUUUUCAACAAGUUCCUUUGGGGCAAUACUGGAAGUCAUCCAGUCCCAGCUAAGCUCUCAUACAUCGCCUCACCAAACUGGAAAAGAAUGUGCCGACACAGAAAAGAAGCGGACAAGCAGAUCUUCUGGAGCCUCGGAAAAGGACACAUCUCAUUUUGGUUCGAUAACUGGAUUGGUGAAAAACCCCUCUUUGAGAUAUUGCCUUAUUUUGAGUGGAACACAACUCCUGUCAACAACUACUGGGAAAAUAAUUCCUGGAACAUUGCAAAACUGAGAGAAGUGCUUACAGCAGACAUGGUUCAUCAAAUUUGCCAGAUACCGUUUGACGUCGACACCAGUGAUACACCUUUGUGGAAGUUGAGUGGUGAUGGGAUUUUCAGUAUGAAAGCCACGUGGAACUCACUGAGACAGACGAGAGCUACACAACAGCUCGUUAAGGAAAUCUGGUCUCCGUUUGUUACCCCAACAAUGUCUGUCUUCAUGUGGAGACUUAUCAACGACAAACUUCCAGUUGAUGAGAAGCUCCAGAAAAAAGGUAUUCAACUGGCCUCUAAGUGCUCUUGCUAUAAUCAUGUCGAAAGUCUCCAGCACGUGUUCAUUGAAGGCAAUGGGAUUAGAUGUGUGUGGGAGCAUUUUGCCAAGAAAUUUAACAUGCACCUUCCUAACACUGAUAACAUUGUGCUCCUUUUGAACUAUUGGAGGAUAUCAGCAUUGGGGCAAAACCACAUUAGAAUGAUUGUUCCCAUGCUCAUCUUGUGGUUUGGUUGGCUUGAAAGGAAUGAUGUGAAGCAUCGGAAUAAAAAUUUUAACUCGGAACGCAUCAAAUGGAAGGUCCACCAACACAUUGUCACCACUUUCAAAAGCAAAACGACCAAACGCAUCAACUGGAAAGGGGACCGAUUUGUGGCGAAAUCCAUGGGACUCGAACUUGGAUCGCAAUACAAGCCCAAAAUCAAGAUCGUGAAGUGGACCAAACCGGAGCUUGGAUGGAUCAAAAUCAACACGGAUGGGGCCUCUAAAGGGAACCCGGGACGUGCUGGAGCAGGAGGAAUUGCGAGAGAUGAGGAGGGAGCAGUCAUUUUAGCAUUUUAUGAAGUUCUUGGAGAAACGAAUAAUACGUUUGCGGAAGUAUUCGCCCUAUUUAAAGCCCUCCAACUAUGUCAAACUGAAAACAUUCCACGGAUUUGGAUUGAGGUUGAUGCGAAUUGUAUCCUCCAUCUCGUUCAACAAUCAGAGAAAGCGCACUGGCCUCUUAAGCACAUGCUCACACACAUUCGCUUGAUGCUGAAAAAGGUGGAGUACAAAAUCACGCAUAUCUACCGAGAGGGAAACAAAGCAGCUGACUAUCUUGCUAACCUCGCAUGCUCUACAAAUAGCUCUAAACUCUUGAGAGGAGAGGAGAUUCAAGGACAACUCUGCUCCGCUGCUGCUGCAAGGCUCCAUUUUGCUGCUACUGUCCGCUGCUCUGCUGCUGCUUUCAUGGUGAUGCAGAUUGCUGUUUCUGUGCUGCUGCUGCCGCAAGUCUGUUCCUGCUUCUUUGCUGCCGCUGCUGCAAAUGCUUUCCUGCAGCUGCAACUUGCUUCACUGCUGCUGUUGUUGUGUUCCUGUCACUCUGCUGCCUGUUUCAAUGGCGCUGCAGCAGCAACCACCUCCAAACGGCGCUACAGUGAUGAGGAUUCAUCUCAGUUCAGGGAGUUUCCUAAACCUCUCCUUUCAUUUUGUCAGAACCAUGGCACUGUGACAGCAGCUGCUUUUCACUGCAACGACCUUGCUUUUACUGCUGCCAUGCCACUUGUUGUUGUGGCUGCAGCAAGCAACUUCAGGGGGCACUUAUGCGAAGAUGAUCCAUCCCACUUCAGGAAUCCAAUAAUGGCAUCAUCCUUUUUCUGCUUGUGGGAAUCACAAACACAACCAGGAAGAGGAUUCUCAGCGUCCUACUGUUUCUGCUUCUGCUGCAAGCCUAAAAAGGCUGCAACUGCUGCUGCUGCUGCUGUUCAGCCGCAGCUCCUGUCGUGCCCUCAAGCUGAUCAUGGAUGCAAGUCCACAACCGAAGGUUAUGGUUAUCUUGGACAGAACCAUGGCACUGUGACAGCAGCUGCUUUUCGCUGCAAUGACCUUGCUUUUACUGCUGCCAUGCCACUUGUUGUUGUGGCUGCAGCAAGCAACUUCAGGGGGCAUUUAUGCAAAGAUGAUUCACCUCACUUCAGGAAUUCAUGGUAA